AUGGGGCUGCCGCGCGCCGCCGGCUGCGGGCUGUGGCGGCGGCUCGGCGGGCUGCUGCUCGUCUUCGCGGCCGCCACGGCCGCGCUCUCCCUGCUCUCGGCCCGGCUGAGCGCGGGGCGCGCGCGCAGGCCGCUGCGGUUCCCCUCGGACCUGGAGGAGCUGCGCGAGCUGGCCGAGGCGCUGCGGGACUACGAGCGGCAGCACCGGGGCGCCGCGCUGCUGCUCUUCUGCGCCGCCUACCUCUACAAGCAGAGCUUCGCCAUCCCCGGCUCCAGCCUCCUGAACGUCCUCGCCGGAGCGUUGUUCGGGCCGUGGACUGGGCUCGCCUUGUGCUCUGCCUUAACGUCCGUGGGAGCAACCUGCUGUUACCUGCUCUCGAGCGCUUUUGGGAAACAGUUUGUAGUCCACUACUUUCCCGAGAAAGUGGCUAUGCUGCAAAGAAAGGUAGAAGAGAACAGGAGCUGCUUAUUUUUCUUCUUGUUGUUCCUGAGACUGUUCCCCAUGACACCAAACUGGUUCCUGAAUCUCUCAGCCCCCAUUUUAAACAUCCCCGUGUCUCAGUUCUUCUUCUCUGUUCUCAUCGGUCUUACACCAUAUAACUUCAUCUGUGUGCAGACAGGUGCCAUUCUCUCACAAAUCAGCUCUCUGGAUGCCAUUUUCUCCUGGGACACACUGCUCAAACUGCUCGCUAUGGCUAUGGCAGCGCUGAUACCAGGGGCCCUCAUCAAGCAAUACAGCAAGAAGCACUUGAAGCUGGAGGAGGACGAGCAUGCUCAGUUACUCAAUGGCAAAAAGAGCCUGUGACGGCUCUGGUGUGCCAGCUGUCAGGGGACUGCCUCAGAGAAGCUGCAGGUCUCUCUUCCUGCGGGCUUUGCUCUGCAUGCUCUGCUCCACCAUGGACCAAGGACAGUUGCACUGCUUACACCUCUCAUCUGAGAGGAGGUGUAAGGGUCUUGUUUUUAAAUUGUAACUGUGCCUGUAUCUGCACUGAGAGUGCUAUACAGGGGCUUUGUGAACAUUUUAGUUAAAUUGCCUGUGUCCUUUAAGUAA